AUGAAUUGUUUAAUAUGGUCUGAUGAGUUUCAAUAUAGAGUGAAAAACUUUCUUGAGAAGGCAUUUGAACGAGCUUCUCAAGGAAAUAAGAUAUUAUAUCCUUGUAAAGACUGCAAGAAUCAUUAUUGGCAUUAUAGAGAUGUGGUGGAGGAUCACUUGCUUUCUAGAGGGUUUCGUGUUGGUUACACUAAAUGGACUUUCCAUGGAGAAAGCACUUCCUCAAGAAAGACACAUCAUCCAAUCAAUGAUGAUGAAGGUUCAAAUAUGCGGGAUGAUAUUGAUGGACUACUUCACGAUACAUUUAGAAAUGUAGAGGCUAAAUUGGGACAUGAAGAAGGGGAUAGAGAGGGAUUACCUGAAGAUGUAAAGAAAUUUUUUAAAUUAUUGGAGGAUGGAAAGAAACAAUUAUAUCUGGGGUGUGAAAAUUUUAGUAAAUUGAGCUUCACCAUUCGGUUGUUCUUGUUUAAAUCAUUGCAUGGGUUGAGUAAUGUAGCAUUUUUAGAUUUGUUAGUGUUGAUAAAAGAGGCAUUUCCCUUAGCUCUGAUACCGGAGUCUUUCAAUAAGGCCAAAAAUGUGAUAAGAGAUUUGGGUCCUGAUUAUGAAAAAAUACAUGCAUGCCCUAAUGAUUGCAUGUUAUUCUGGAAGGACAAUGAGAAAGCUGAGAACUGCUCUGUAUGUGGGACUUCUAGAUGGAAGAGUGUUGAUGGUGUGUCAACUACUGUAAGGUCUAAAAUUCUUGCAAGGGUUUUACGAUACUUUCCCUUAAAGCCUAGGCAUCAGAGGAUGUUCAAGUGUCCUGAAACAGCCGUUGCAAUAAAAUGGCAUGCUAAUGAACGGCCGAAUGAUGGAAAUCUAAGGCAUCCCGCUGAUGGGCAAGCAUGGAAGGAUUUUGAUCACUUGUAUCUGGACUUCUCUAGAGAUCCUCGUAAUGUCAGGUUUGGUCUCUCAAGUGAUGGUUUCAACCCAUUUCGAACAAUGAGCAUUUCUCAUAGCACGUGGCCUGUUAUGUUGAUGAACUAUAAUUUAUCACCAUGGAUUUACAUAAAAACCGAGUAUCUUAUGUUGUCAAUGAUCAUUCCAGGCCCAUCAUCUCCUGGAAAUGAUAUAGAUGUGUAUUUGCAACCUCUAAUUGAUGAACUAAAUGAACUAUGGGAACAUGGGAUAAAAACAUAUGAUGUUAAAACCAAAGAAACAUUCCAAAUGCGUGCAACCUUAAUAUGGACAGUUAGUGAUUUUCCAGCAUUAGCAAUGCUUUCAGGAUGGAGCACUAAGGGAAAAUUGGCAUGCCCUUCUUGUAAUUAUUACACAUGCUCUCGAUAUCUCAAACACAGUCGUAAGAUCUGUUAUUUGGGUCAUUGGAGAUUUUUUCCUCAUGAUCAUCCAUUGAGAAAAGAUAAGAAAUCCUUUGAUGGUAAUGAGGAACAUAGACCCGCACCUACUCCCUUGUAA